AAACUGUGUUUACGUCACCCUAUUAAUGUCUUUUGUUUCAAUGAUUCUUUACGGGAGAUAACCACUUCCACCUGUUGUACAAACGUGAAGCGAAGGGCGUUUCUGUGGAUGUGAAACCAUAUAACCAACAACCAUGAGAAUAUACAUAGGAACAGCGCUUAUAUUAUCUUUAUUAUACCUCACAACUGAAGCUCAGCAAGUUGGACAACCUCUGUUUUGUCAUGGAUGUGUUGCUGUUCUAAAAGAGUUGCACAAGGAACUGAAGAAUUCCUCGGGAAGGAAAAAUGCAGUCACUCAAAGCGUCAACAAUCUCUGCAAAAUCGAUAAAUUUGUUUCCUACACAUUUAGUCCACCCAAAAUGAUAAAAGCUUGCAAUUAUAUUGUAGAUUCUCAUAAGCAAGAACUUAUUGAAAGUCUGACAGAGUUUUAUAGAAAGUUCAAGACAGCUGAUAAUUUACCUUUACAAGAAGAAUUCUGUGAAAAUACAAUCAAUGCAUGCGAAGGAGUGAGGCGACCCACAAAAGAUAGUGAGAUGAAGCCUCAUGGAUUCUCGGUGGAUGAUGCGCAGCAGCAGCUGAAUGAUGCAGCAAGGAGAAGCUUCACACCACCAGCUGAUGAUGAUUUUCAAAUACCCAAACCCCCCUACAGAGCCACCCCACACGAAGAACUUUAACAAUAAAUGUACUUUUUUUUAA